AUGGCUACACUGUGUGCCAUUGAAACAUGCCAGCGUAAAUCACGAGGAUUAUGCUAUUGUUGUAAUAAGAAUGUUUGUCCCGAUCAUUUCAAUGAACAUGUUGAUUCAAUGAAUUCUCAAGUUAAUCCUCUUGUUGAUGAACUUAAUGCUGCUUAUGAUCAAAUUUCGACAAUAAAUAUGAAAGAUAUUAUUAGUAGCGGUCGUCAGAAAUUGGAUAAAUGGCGUGAUGAAUGUCACAUCAUAAUUGAUCGAUUUUAUGAAGAAAAAUGUCAAGAAGUGGAACAACACUGUAUUGAAAGACUCAAUAAAGAACAAAACAAAAUCGAAAGCAAUCGAACUUAUUAA